UAUUCUAUUACCUCACCUAUGAAGGCUCAGUAGACCUAGACAGUAUAAAGGACCCAAAUGAGAGAGCUUGCAUGGAGAUACAGAUAAUGGAGUUUGGGCAGGUUCCUAAGCAGCUGUUUACCACACCCCACCCUGUUAGAUCUAUAUCAAAAGAACAUCCACCUGAUAUGGCUAUUCCUCCACAUGUGAUAUCUCAAGAGCAUAGGUCAAAAACCCCAGAAACAGAUCAAGUAGAAGAAGAUGCAAUAUUACAGACUAUAGAUUUUACCAAUAUGCAUAAAAUUGUGACAUUUUCAAAGCAUAAGGAUUCAAUAACUGAUGUAAAAUUAUGUUUGGAGAAAAAGAUGGCAUUUUCUGUCUCACAAGAUAGUUUACUCAAGUUAUAUUGUCUAGAAGAGCAAAGGCAGUUGAGGAGCGUUACCAUUGCAAAUAUGGCCUUGUCAUCUUGUAUAGUGAUGCCAGAUUGUAAAACUGUGAUAUGUGGUGCUUGGGAUAAUAAUGUGUAUUUUUACAGUGUAGAGUAUGGGAAUAUAUUAGACACAUUACAUGCACAUGAUGACGCUGUAAUCAACAUCUAUUGGAGAAAUGAUCUUCUGUUUACAGCCUCAUGGGACUCUACUGUCAAGCUAUGGCAAAUGCCAUGUCCAACAGCAGAUGAUAGUUUUAUUGCAGCAGAAUACUUUGUACAACUAGACCACGACUAUGGUGUAAGUGAUAUAGCUGUAGAUGACAACUGUGAUAUAUUGGUGUCUGCCACUAGGGAGGGACAUAUCUAUGUCUGGGAUCUACAAAAAUAUGCUCUUAAAAAUGUCUUUCAAGCUCAUGAAGGAGUUAUAAAUGCUGUAAGAUUGGACCAAGGGUGUAGCAAAAUAGUGAGCUGUGGUACUGAUAGUUAUCUCAGGAUAAUAGACUUAGGGUCCGGAACAGAAAUCUUCGUAAAGGAUAUCAGAGAGAUAGUACUUUGUCUUGCCAUGGUGAAUAAUGUAUUGCUAUUAGGAACAGAAAAAGGUCAUAUACAAGUGUGGGAUAUGGAAAAAGUACAGAUGUUGCAUCAAUUUAAGGCCCAUGAAGGUGCAGUUACAUGUAUACACAUGACAAAUGAUAUGUUUUUACUGUCUGGGAGUGAAGAUAGAUCUGUGAGCCUCUGGAGACCGUCAAUAAAAUGAUCAUCAUGUGUAAGAUUGGCUUGAAAACAGUUAAAGCGAAGUGAAGAAUGAGUGCCAAAAGAAAAAAAAAUAGAAUGAGUUAUAUAUGCAGACAUAUUCCUGUCGUUUGAAAAUUACAUAGUUACAUUAACAAUUUUACUAGAAACUUCUUGCCAUGAUACUUUAUACUGUACACAAGCCAUUUUUUGAAAUAUCGGAGGUGUGGUGAAAAAAUUUGAAUUAGCCCUUUUUAUAGUCAGAUGUAUUAGUAAUUUUCCAAGUCACCAGUAUAGAAAUCUUGAGAAAGAGUGACCCCUCGUGCAUUAAUCACAACAAAAUUUCAUGAAAAUUGCCGGCUUGGUUUAAUUGAGUCUGUACAUGAGGGAUAUUAAAAAUGUGCCCAAUAACAUUGGCUGAGCUCUGCAAACCCGCAAGACCUGUAUAAACUGUGCCCUUUUUUAUUCACGCUUAUUAUGAAAAAUAUAAAACAAACCUUCACAUUGCCAAGAGAAAUGUCCAUUUUUAGAACAGAACGUAUGUAUAAUAUGAAAAUAAAGAAUAAAAUGAUAAUUUGUUAAAGGUUAUUAAAGGUUUAAUGCUUACAAUUUUUACUAUAGAACACUGUUUGUAUACAAAUUUGUUUCGUGUGAUGUCUUUUGACUGGAAAUUAUUUUAUUAGGUGUUAAUUUGAAUGUUGGUAGCUCGAUUAAUUCUUAUCGAGGAAUUCUUAAGUAGCUACUAUAAACAUAUGUAUAAUUUCAUGUCAUGUAAAUUAAUACUUUCCUGUAUAUUGCAUUGAAAUUGGUCAUACUUCAACGGGUUUCCCGAUUAUAUGACUUGAAUGCAACUUUAUCAACUUAAGUUAUUAAAAGUGCAAAUGCAGUCAAAGAUGAACUAUGAAAUUGUUCAUUGAAAUUUAAGCAAUUUAGUUUUCCAAUUAACUUACAAUAAGCCUGAUACUUCUUAGUUUUCUUGUUGUUUACAUGUUGAAUAAUCAUCAGGGUAUAUAUAUUUUAGGUAAUUAAGUUUGUUUGUUUGAAUCUUUUAAUUGCAAAUUUAAAUUGAGAUUAAUAAAAUGAAAUAAAUUUUG